AUGGUGCACCAGCUGCUGCUCGAAGCCGCCGAGCGCCUGCCGCGCCCCGAGGCGUCGCCGGCGCCGGCGCCCCGCGGCGUGCUCGUCCCGCAGGCGGCGCGCGCGGGGUCGGCGCCGCUGGAGACGGUGCCGGAGCUGCCUCGGGUGGAGGAUGCAAACCACCAAAUGCAGGCGCUCCACUCCAGCCGCCACAAGCGCGACCGUUCCAUCCAGUUCAAUGAGGACGACCGCGGCUUCUGGGCGCAGUCGCUGGAGGAGCUCAUGGCGGCCAUCGCGCCGCACAACGCCGCGCGGGUGGCGCCGGCGGCGCCGAGCGGCGACAAUCACAAGCCCGCAGCGGGCAGCUGUUAA